AUGUUCAAGCAAUUCAUUGCACAGUCCCACGUCACCCAGUCCAUCCAACUCCUCCGGGGGGGCAUUCAUCUGUGUGUUGCCCCGAAGGCCCCGCAAUCAGCGGCCUCCAGCAACCUCAAGGUCGACCGUGCGAAGCCUUGCCAACGCUGUGAGGUCUUGUUAUUGCAGUUGGAUGCCUUAGCACAAUCCAUGGUGGGGCUGGCCGGAGCGGCAUUUCGCUGGUCAUUGGAGGUGGCGACAGGCGUCUCGACCGAAGACCGGGAGAUGCUUUGGAAGGCACUGAUGAGCUACAUGCAGCCCUGUGCUCAUGUGGAUGCGCGCAUCGCGAGCACCUCGGAGGAUUUGUUGAAGGCGGUGACCAAAGCCGUCACUCCCGACGAGCUCUUGGGGUCCUUGGCACAACAGCGGUUGGAACAGAAGCGCGCCCAGCCCAAAGGCGCUGCGACGGCGCCUCAAGCGAAGGUCAAGGCCAAGGCGGAGCCAAAGAGUAGCUCUGCCCAGCCCCAGAGUGCCAAGACCGGGCCAAAGCGUAGCAGCACUCGUAGCAGCCGGCGGACCAGCAAGAGCAGCGCCGCGACCAGCAAGACUAGUAGCCGCUCUUCCAGCAGAUCAUCCAGUAGUGGCAGCGACUACAGUUCGAGCUCAAGCUACAGCUCAAGCGAUGGGAGCUCCAAACCGAAGGCGAAGGCCAAACCGAAGGCCUCGCCUGGCGGACGUGGGUAG